GGACAAUAAAAAGAAAAGAGAGUGAUUAUGUUUCCACCAGGACGGCCUGUGAGGUGAAAGGAGACUCUUAGAAGGGAGGCGAGGAUGGAGAGGCAUUCCUGGCUGCGCGCUUCAACGGCGAAGGAAAAGGAAAAGCAGCUAAUCUGAAAUCCAGAUGCCUUGGGGACCAGCAGAGGGUCGAGCCUGAUCCGCUCCAUCCCCUCACGCUCUCUCCUCACAGUAGCUCAGAAGAGGACAUCAACCGGAUACUUGUUAACUCCUGCUUUUCUCCUCAAACUUUAAAUCCUCUAAGAAGAACUCAAGGAGUUUGUUGAUUGCAGGAGUUUGAUUUCUGACUUGAACUGCUUGUUUUUCUUCUGAAGGAGGAAUUCCCAGGUAUGUUCAUGUUGGGAGCACUCUGACAGACCUCCAGUAAUGGGGCUUUUGGUGUGCACCAAAUCCGUCUGCAGGCCGGCCGCAGCCUGGAUUGCCCUGGUCUUCUCAUCACUACUAUUGCAUUCGAUGGUCUCUGUCCACGGUGUCCCAUCAUGUCCACGGAGCUGUAGCUGUCCAGGUGCUAAAGAGGUCCACUGUACAUUCAGACACCUGACCACAAUCCCAAAGACCUUCCCUAAAGCCACCCAGAGGCUCAACCUGGGUUACAACAGUCUAACAGAGGUGGAGGGGUCAGAAUUCAGGUCACUGCGCCAACUGGAAAUGCUCAUGUUGCAUGGAAACGACAUUAGCAGAGUCCACCCUGGGGCCUUCUACAUCCUGAGGUCACUGCAGAUCCUGAAGCUCAGUUACAACAAGCUCACAUCAGUGAACGCCGGUCUCUUCGAAGGUCUGCACAGUCUGAUCCGCCUCCAUCUGGAUCACAACCUCGUAGAGUUUAUAGAGCCGUACAGCUUCUCUGGCCUGACCUCUCUGAAACUCCUGCAACUGGAGGGAAAUCUGCUGAAAGAGAUCCAUCCUCAUACCUUCAUAACUCUCUCAGUAUUAGGAAGCUUUUGGACCUCUGGACUUAAACACCUACACCUAUCUGACAACCUGCUGGAGGAGCUCCCAUCUGCAGCAAUAAGAACAGCUCCGAGGCUGGAGCUCCUCACUCUCCAUGGGAAUCCCUGGAACUGUGACUGUCAGCUUCACUGGUUGGUUGAAUGGAGCGCCACUCAUGAAGGAGUAGUAAAAUGUAAGAAGGAGCGAGGCUCUGCUGAGACGUGCCCUCAGUGCUCUUUUCCUCAACUCCUGAAUGGGACUAAGCUGCUGGAGCUUUCUGCGGAGAAGCUGCUCUGUGAACGACCAGUACUCAGUUCCCCCCUCAAAGAAUGGGACAAUCCUCGUUGGGCGGAGUCUGAAGCCGAUCCGGACCUCCCAUACACUCGGGACUUAGAAAAACCUUUGGGCCAGCUGACCAUCGUUCUCUCAGACAGCCAUGGGAACCGUGCCUUUGUGACAUGUGACGUACGCCGUCCAGGCGAUAGCUCGGCCAUUACAUGGGCUUUAAAUUCACAGUCACCCACGGAGUUAUCUGUUAACGUGUCACUGGUGACAGUCCUGGAGUGCGAGAUUGAUCGAGAAACAUUGCAAAAUCUAUGGCAACUGGUUGCCUAUUACUAUGAAACUCCAGCAAUUUUAGAGAGAGGUCAGCAGAGGUUUAAUACAAGCAAGGUUACGUAUCAAUAUUCUCAGGCUGUCAAUGAAAACUCAACAUAUUUCACAGAAUUAAAGGGGUAUUUAGAAGGCGAACCAUCAUGGCUGCUUCAACCAAGAGUCACACUGAAGCUGAAUCGGCAGCAGACAACAACAAAGAAACUUGUCAUGGAUUUCACCACUUUAAUCACAAAAAACAUCAACAGCCAUGGUAGGCAAGGGGAUGACAGUGACGUUAUGUCUUCAUGGGCAUUGAUACGUAGAGGAACAACUGGGAGGGUCCAAUCUGCUCUUGAAGGAUCAAAGAUUAAUCUAGAGUGUGGUGUUGUUACUUCUGGCUCAGAGGCAAAAGUAGAGUGGAUGCUUCCUGAUUUAUCCACAGUAGAGGAGGAAACAGAUAAGUUAGAAACAUCUGAAAGAGGCAAACUUGUCAUUUUAAAUGCCACACUCUCUGACUCGGGUCUCUACCACUGUAUGGUCCGAAGCAAAGCUGGUGUAGACUUGAUGCCACUUAGACUCACAGUCAAAGAGCGCUCACUUGGUCCGACAGCCUUUAAUGGUCAGAAAAUGGUGAUUGAGACAGGGGGCUCUUUGUCUCUUCCUUGUGAGGUGAGCUCAGCUCAGCCCAGUCAAACUUUGUGGUACCUUCCCAAAAACAAAGUUCUCCUGCCCACACAACAGACAAGAAGAGCUGAAGUGAUGGAAAAUGGGACCUUGGUGGUUAGGAAGAUGACACAUGAGGAUGCAGGGGAAUAUAGCUGCUUGGCCUCCAAUCUGUACGGAGUUGACAUGCUCUCUCAUAUGGUGGAAGUUAUAGGGAAAAGAACAGAAAAAAACAGAGUGCAGACACAAGGAGAGCAACUUGUCUUGCCUCUCACUGUGGAUGACGGGGAAGGUUCUGGAGGUGGCUAUCAAGAAAUUAUACGUCCUUUUGCUACACAGGUCCCAGAGAAAGUAGGACGACAGUACAAGAAGCCCAAUGGGUCGAUUAAGAGGACACGUUUGAAAAAACCCUAUAAAUCUGUGAAGGAAUUGGAUCCAAAUCGCUGGGCAGAAAUAUUGGCAAAAACCAAAGCUAAACCAAAUGUUCCUCCGCCUACCGAGCAGUCAUUACAAGAACACAGUCCAGAAACUGUCCAAGCGAGCACAGUCAAAUCCUUAACUAUACGUCCAACUGAGGAGACUUUAUUCUACUCUACUAACCCUUCUAUUGAUCAGCGUAAAAAAAUUAAUUUUCAACAAAAUGUUAAAACCGAAUCCCAUUUAAGAAAUGAGAAAAUGAAGGGUCAAUACAAAGAUUCUGAAGUACAGCAAAAUCAGCAAAACGCUAGUGCAGAACCACCCUUAAAGCACGUUCAGCAGACUCCAGAAGCAGUAGAGGGUAUUACAACUCCAUCUAAUCCCCUCUUCAGACAACCAGAAAGAAAACAAACUGACGAGGGAAGACGAAAUGUUGCUCCUGAUGGGUCUAACAGGAGAAUACCCUUUCAAAGACGUAGAAAACCACCAAUGAGAAGACUCCAUCCACACAAGAAACCCUUCUACCAAACACUUGACAAGCCCCAAAGAACUGUUCCUCCGAAGGCAAUCACAACACCACCAACAACCACAACCAUCACUACAACUCCAGCAACUACUACCCCCACCCCUACAACCACAGUGACAACUACUCCCACCACUACAACAACAACCACCUCUGUCCCAAUUACAGAAGAGUAUAAUGAACCCCUAUAUACUGAGUAUGAGACAGAUGAAGACAAUGAAAAGUAUGAUGAGGAAUAUGAUUAUAAGAGCAGUGAAAGCUUGGAUGCUACAGAAGAUGGAAUCCUGAAAAACUCUCCUAACACCCGUCUCCAUAGCAGUGCUACCCUCUCUCCAUUAGACAGAGAAAGAAGUCCUCAUUUAAGUCAGCAACAAUUACCUAUUCCAAAGACCCUUCCAACUCCAGAGUUGGAGUCUCCAACGUUUUGGACUGCUAAAGAUCUUGUAAACCUUGACAAAAGCCAGGCAGAGGUGGUAAGGGUAACAGAAAACACUAAACAAAAUGUCAUUAACAUUAAUAUAGACAAAAGCCUUCCCACAGUAAGGGAGAAUAACAAUAUCAAUCCAGCAGGGGUGCAAGAAAAUAAUAUGAGGGGAAGUGAGGGACAAAAAGAAAAUUCAAAAAUAGAGUUUGUUACUCAGAGAUAUAAUUCACAAGAUAGAUUUUACUUAGUAUCCCAAAACAGGCAAAGAGUUAACACUUCAUCUUCCCCUGAUCAAACCCUAUUUGCACAUCCGCAGACAGCAAAACCAACCAAAAAGCCUGAAAAUCACCAGCUUAGAGUUAUGGAACCACUUCACCCCUGGCUUCACCAGAAAAAUCAAGAGAGAGGACAAACCAGCACUUCCAGGAUUGGACAUGUGGAUCAGGACAGAAAUGCAGGUAGAUACAGUCAAGUAAAUCCAAGCAGACAUUCCCAGCCUCCUAAAGUCCCUCCAACCUCCCGCUGGUCGGCGCACCAUCCUCCUCAGUACUACCCCAUGUAUCCAUCUUGGCCAGGUCAGAGACAAUUUCCUCACCCGAGGCAAGGGCUUAAACCCACCCAUCGACCCUGGCCUUACCUUCACCCAUGGGGUCACGGCUCAUUUGUCACCAACCCACCAGAGAUUAUAGCUGAUACUGUCAAACCAACCCCCACUUUCUCUGGAACCCACAUUUCCAAGCUUCUACCAACUAGUGUUUAUCAUCAUCAAGACCACCAUGUUGACAGCAGAACCCAAACAAGAGAUCAUCUCUUCAUGUCGAAGCUCAGGAACCGAUACAGACAGGCGCAGCUUGAUCGGAUUGCUCAGCUUGGAAGGAUAGCCACGCCCAAACCUCGGUCUGCCUACAAUCCUCCAAUCGCACCCAAAACAGAGUCUCUCUCCAAGAGUAGAACGCUCUCUCUCAAACCACCAGCACCAACUGCUUCAUUCAUUUACUCAACACAGCUCCUAAAGCCAGCUAAACCUUCAUCAUCAUCAUUCCAUGUUUACCCGUCAACCCCUCCCUCACACCUAACACCUGCUCUGUAUGGAGGACGAAUUAACUCUCAGAGUCCCACGGCUGCACCUCCUUUCCCGUGGCUGUUUGGGGUUAAUGGGAUGAAACCACGUAUAACCCCAAUCAGUACAGCAAGUGUGUCAGUACUGGCAGAGGAUGACGUGUUCCUGCCCUGCAUAGCGACUGGGAACCCUGAACCUAACAUUGCUUGGACCAAAGUCUCCACAGGCGCCACUAUCCCAGCCAACACAAAACAUGGCCCCCGUUUUGAAGUCUUCAGAAAUGGAACUUUUUUUAUUAAAAACGUCCAGCUUCAGGAUCGAGGACAGUACCUCUGCACAGCCCACAACCGGCUUGGAUCAGAUCGUAUGGUGAUCACCCUGACUGUCCAGACGGAGGCCCCCCGAAUCCUCCCCCCUCCGUCUGCAGAAGUAUCAAUCUACAUAGGCAAAGCUGUGGCAUUAGACUGCCUGGCUUCUGGGAAACCUCCUGCCCAGAUUUCCUGGAUUCUUCCAGACAGGACAUUUGUCCGUGAAGUCGGAGCCAUUCAAACCAACCUUUCUCCAAUUUCUCUGCUUCCAAACGGGACGCUAAGAAUUCAUUCAGCCAAUUUCUCUAGCAAAGGUGAUUACAAAUGCAUUGCAAGCAAUGCGGCCGGUGCCGAUACAGUCACCUAUCGUCUGCACGUGGCAGCUUUGCCUCCGAGUAUAAGUGAAGGUGUUCAGGACUCAGUGAUUGUUCAGCCAGACAGGAGCGUGUUUAUUCACUGCUCUGCAAAGGGUGAACCCAUGCCUGCUCUGAAAUGGAUGCUUCCAGUGGGUGUCCAUGUUAAAGCCUCACAGUUUCUGGGACACAGAAUAUUCGUUUUCCAAAACGGGACGCUGUUUGUAAAGAAUGUUCUGCCAUCUGAUGGUGGGAGGUACGAGUGUUUGGCGACCAAUGCAAUGGGUAUCGCCAAGCGGACAGUCCUGCUGGAAGUGAGAGAAGAUCCUACCUCUUCAUUUCGCAAACAUCCUGCUCCUCUUCCCAUCCCGCCGUCUCAGGCUGCUGGUUUUCCAACACGUAAACAUGUGGUGUCAGCUUUGUAUGGCUCUGCUGUCUUCCUGCACUGUCCAGAGUCCACUGGAUCCUCUAGAGGGACUCUCUGGCAGCUACCCUCUAAGACCAUCCUGGAGCAUCAGUACAGUCCAGAGAGACCAAUUAAAGUUUUUCGCAAUGGGACCCUGAGGAUACUUCAGCUAACAGAGCUGGAUGGCGGGAAUUAUCAGUGCAUCUUUCAGCGACCAAAUGGGGAGGACAUGGAACUCUUUCAGGUAAAAGUGUUGAUGACUCCCCCUCGAAUUGAGCAUGUAAGGACCUCACAGUCCAGAGUGACGUUUGGAGAAAAUUUCCAGGUGGACUGUGUUGCUACUGGCCUACCCAACCCAGAGGUUUCUUGGAGUCUUCCAGAUGGAACAUUAAUAAACAAUGCGCUUCAAUCUGAUGACAGCGGCCUUCGCAAUCGACGUUUUGUGAUGUAUGAGAAUGGAACUUUACUUCUUCGUCAGAUGGGCAGAAAAGAUGAGGGUGACUACACGUGCCACGCAACGAACAAACUGGGCAAAGACGAAAGAAGACUCAGUGUCAAAGUGGGACCAAAUGCUCCACAAAUUGGAUUGAAAUCACAAUCAUUGGUGAAGGUUAAACUGGGAGAGUCGGCUACAUUGAGCUGUCAGGCAACAGGUGAACCUAAACCAAAAAUCACAUGGAUCUCACCUAAAACGGAUGUGAUACCACAGCUGUCAGACAAAUACAGGGUUAUAGAUGAUGGAACUUUAAUUUUAAAGAAAAUGACUCUGGCGGAUGAAGGGAAAUAUGCCUGUGUGGCACGUAAUUCUGCUGGUGACGACAUUAAAAACAUGAUAGUCGAAGCUGAACUCCAGGAACCCUUUAUCAAUGGUGUUAGAGGGAAGCUGACUGCAAAGUUAUUGGCUGUUUCUUAUCAAACAGCACUUUUAGAUUGCAAAGCCGAAGGAAAACCUGAACCCAGGGUCUGGUGGCUCACUCCCUAUGGUCACGCACUAACAACACCCUACCUAGGAGGUCGCUUCCAAGUCCACCGAAAUGGAAGCCUAGAGCUGAGGGGGGUAAGGAAGACGGAUGCUGGCAGGUACAACUGUUUUGCUAAAAAUCACCUUGGUGAAGCGUCCCUUUCAGUUGAAUUAGAGGUGGCCUCACUUGCUGAGAAACCUAGCUUUGCUAAUCCUAACAUUGAGAUAUUACCAAUUAAGCAAGAUGGUGGCGAACUGAUCCUGGUGUGCCCUGCUCGUGGCACUCCGAUCCCGGAGAUCUCUUGGUUGCUACCUAAUGGGACGGUGUUGUCACCUGGGAAGAGACUUCACCGCUUUACGCACCAUUUUGAAAAUGGGACUCUACGAAUUUCUCAGCCGGUGCCCACUGAUAAAGGAAUUUACCGCUGCCUAGCAAGGAAUGUAGCGGGACAAGUGGAGAAACGUUACUCCCUGGAGGCCGGCUGGAAACCUGUGAUCAGAGGAACCACAGGUGGAAUAAAGAUUACCUAUGGCCAUAGCCUGAAACUUCCCUGCACUGUUGAUAGCUGGCCGCAGGCAGUGAUUACGUGGACCCUACCCAAUGGUGUGGUUCUGGACAAACCUCAAACUACCGGCAGAAUAUCUUUCCUCACCAAUGGAACCCUUCACAUCAGGCAGAUUGCACCUUUUGAUAAGGGAACAUAUAUUUGCAAAGCCUCAAACUCUUUUGGAUCGUCAACGCUAUCUUACCCAGUCAUUGUAAUGGUUUUCCCUCCGAGGAUCACAAGCACAAUGGCUUCCAUCACAAGAGUCAUUCGAGGAACCCCGGUAAUGCUACGCUGUGCUGCGACGGGUAUUCCAAAGCCAGAUAUUUCAUGGACGUUGCCUGGUCGCACCACGCUGGUACCUCACAUUCGGUACACGGUACAGGGAGGAAUUCGCAUGACCGACGGGGGAAGUCUGGUCAUACCGAAUCCUGUGCUGACAAACUCUGGAAUUUACAAGUGCAAUGCUAAAAAUGCUCUUGGGACAGAUUUCAAAUCAACAUACCUACAAGUAAUUUAAGGGUGAAAAAGACUAUGACAGGGAAGAAAACCUCUCUAAAGACUGACUUAUCAUAGUAAAGAUGCUCUGCUGGCAGAUGUAAAACAGCUUGACAUGUGGCUUAAAGCUUGAGAUAUCACAGAUAACAUAUUUUUGUAACUGCAUUUUUUUUUUUUUUUUACAAAUUUUUUUUGACUCAAUUUUUUGUGAAGAAUAUGUUUCCAUUGGAAGCCAUUAGCUCCUUGGCCUCUGACUCUUAAUGACAUUUAAAACUCCCCGUAUGGCAUUGUCGUUGAUCUUCAGCGAUUGGAUAUGUUUGAUAUAGACGGGUGUAAUCUGGUGCUUAGAUCUAGAAUUGUUAUCUCUAUUAUGGCAGAAAUAUAAUUUACUAUGUUUUCAACUGUUUCUAUAUUUAUUUAAAAAAAACAAAUAAUAAAGACACAUCUACAUCACAUAAUCUGCUAUAACCCACAGGUUCCACAUCCUCCAUGUUAGCUUGAACAUGGAGGACGUUCGCUCGACGGACCAACUUCGUUUUUAUGUUGAUUAAUGAAAGAGUUCCUCAUUCACUACUCCAAAGUUCACCAUUCACACAAAUCCUUCACAGUCAAAUAUAUAAAGUACAUAUAAAUAUAUGGAGCAACUCCAUUUUUCUUUCCUGCUGUGGUUUGCCUGGUUCUGACUGGACCUCUCAUACAUCCUCUCCUCUGACUCUGAGAGUUUGGAGCCGAGCUUAGCGGAUUAUCGUGG